AUGAUUAGUUGUUUGCCCACAACUUCUGCUUCACCGCUAUCUUUCACACCUGCGUGCGCGACAUUAUUUGAACUUAAAGACUUGUUUGGCAGUUUCCAAGGCUUUGUUCGACUUCGAAUGCACAAUAAAGGGGGAUCACCAGUUGCAUUUGUUGAAUUCCAGGACGUCAGACAAGCGCAGGAAGCCAUGACUAGACUCCAAGGAUUCGUACUAUUGUCUUCAGAUCGGGGUGGCAUCAGGAUUGAAUAUGCUAAGAGUAAAAUAGGUGAU